CAGCAGAGGAGGAGGAGGAGGAUGAAGAGACGGGACACAGCGGCCGUCAGCCCAGUCCGCCGCCGACACGCAGGCUCCCGCCGCGGGGUUUUCACCGGAGACACUCCGCUGGAAGAUCCGCUCCGGAUCCGAGAGAAAAGUUCUGAUUCCUGGAGGAAAUCCGGAGGAGAUUCCUGAUUCUGGAAAACUUCCGAGACUCUAACGGGUUCGGGUCCAAACCAGGAAUGCCGGCUCCGGGUCUCCUCCGGCUGUGACCCGGCUCUCCCCGGGGACUCCCGCCAGCUCUCCCCGCCGCCGGGCGCCAUGAAGCGGCCGUGUGAGGAGAGCAGCCCGGCGGAGCGUGAGAGGCUUCCUGCGGGGGAUCCGGUCGGACGCGCGUCUCCGGCGGCGCAGCUGAUGGCGAGGAAGCGGCGCAGAGGGGUAGGUCGGCCGGCGCUUCGCCGCGUCCGGAGGCCCGGCGCCUCCGACGCUCCUUCAGUUUCCUGUCGGUUCCAGAUCAUCGAGAAGCGGCGCAGGGAUCGGAUCAACGGCAGCCUGUCGGAGUUACGGCGACUCGUCCCGACGGCCUGGGAGAAACAGGGUUCUGCUAAACUGGAGAAAGCCGAGAUCCUGCAGAUGACCGUGGAGCAUCUGAGGACGCUGCAGGCGGGAGGCACAGGUCAGCAGGAAGCGCUGGCGCUGGACUUCCUGUCUCUGGGCUUCAGGGAGUGUGUGAACGAAGCGUUCUGCUACCUGAGCGCCAUGGAGCCCCUGGACUCCUGCAAUGCGCUGCGGCGCCGCCUGCUGGCCCACCUCAGCUACUGCGCGGCCCAGCGGGACGCCGCCGCCAUGACGGCCCGCCUGCAGCCCCGCCCUCCCCCUUACAGCCACUGGGUGGCGACGCUGCGCCCGCCGCCUUUCGGACCGGAUGGCGGCGCCCCCCAGAGGCCGGUGGAGCUGCUGCAGCACGAUGUGACCUCCAGCUCACCUUCACCUUCCUCCUCCUCUUCCUCUUCCUCCCUGCUGCCCCCUCCUCUCACCGCCCCCCUCUUCUCCUUCCCCUUCGCUCUGCCCUUCCUCCCCUCCUCCUCUUCCUCACAGCCCCCCCACCCACCCUGGAGCUCCGAGGUGGGGGCCUUAUGACCUCUGACCCCGGCAGCACGUCCUGUCCAUUUCUGAUGGUCGAACCAGAACCAGAACCAGAACCAGAACCACCUUCACAUCCGUUUCACUGUUUAUCUAAAAUCUGUUUAAAAGUUUUAAUGUGAAAUUUCUCCUGAUAAAGAAUCAGAACCAGGCUGAGAAAAAGUUUAAGUCCAGAGAAGAAAUAAAGCAACAAAAUAAUACAGGAAUGAAAUUAUUAUUAUACUGUAUAUCAUAUGAUAUAAUUAUAAACAUAUAUAUCUAUAUAAUUAUAUUAAAGUUAAGUUUCUCAGUUCAGAGAAAUGGCUGCACAGUUCAAUGUUUUGCUGAUUAAAAGUACGGUGGCCCAGAAGGGACGUGAUGCUAAAUUUUACUGUAUACUAAAAUUGAAACUAAGCUAGAAUUGAAGUUAUGCUAAAAACAUACAACACAACUAAAUUUUUGCCGAAACCGUUUUUUAAUGAACUUCUGUUGUGGAUUUCUGCUGUUCUGCGUUUUGUUGAGCCUUCUGGGCCACCGUAGAAAGUGGGUCAUGUUUCAGACUGAAGGCAGUAGAGGUCAAAGUUUAAGAAUGAAACCAGUGUGAAGGACGCUGUGGCUGUUUGAGUUUGUUAAAGAGUGGAAAUGUGGGCGUGCAUGCUGCGUUACGGCGCCAGCCUCUCUCUGCCGGGAUCUCGGAUUUGCUCUCGUAUCCCAGGACGUUGUGGCUGAAGCUCAUGGAGGGGAAGUCGAUCUUCUGCAGACAGGAAGUCACCGCCCUACGCCUGCUGCCUUCAAAGACCGUAGGAACUGUGAGCGCUCACGACAUGCCCAGGUGUAGCGGACCGGGUCCUUCACCCGCAGCAUGGAGAGGAAACCGUUUUACUGCACUGCUGCAAAAACGCUUCCUGGGCCACAAACGUCCCAAAGGCUUCACAAUAAAACAGAACUUUGUUUUUCUGAGGCUUUUUAACUAAUAUCACGGUUUAAUAAUAAUGCAAAACACAAAGAUCAAUAAACUCUGAAGUCUAAUGAACAUCUAACACUGGAGUGGAAAAUUUUAAAUAUCCAGAAU